UCCCCGAAGGGCGUGCGGCGAGUGUCUGCGCGCGGCGAGCGGGACGCGGACAGGGACAUGGAGCGCUGGGUCGGGGCUGCCGGGGGCUGGGGCUCCCUGUGGGGAGCCGGCUGGGACAGCUGGCCAGGCUGGCAGCUCUUGGCCGCCUGCGCGGUCAUCGGCGCCGUGGGCUGGCUGCUGCGGCUGCUGGAUAGGAGGCCGGGCGGGCGCGGGGCGCCGGCGGCAGCGCCCAUCCCCUCCCCGGCGCCGGUCCCCGAAAGGCGCCGGCGCUGCAGCGGGAGCCGCCCAGGUGAAAUAACAAUGGAUGCAAUAUUGUCCCGCUUGAAGCAGCUCAGCCCUGAUGAGCUCAGGGAGGAAAUUUUGAGAGCAGGACUGAAGUGUGGGCCCAUUACCUCAACCACUAGGUUUAUUUUUGAAAAAAAAUUGGCUCAGGCAUUGUUGGAGCAGCAAGGAGUGCUGGAAGAAAAAGGAUCAGAGGAGGCUGCUGGAAAUGUCCCAUCUGAGGGCAGCCGGACAGAAGCACAAAGGGCUUCAAAAAGUACAGCAGCGAAUCACAACGGUCACGGGAGCGAUUCUGAGGAGGCAGACUUUGGGUACUCUGUAGGUUUGAACCCGCCAGAUGAAGAUGCCAUGCACGUGAACUGUUCAGCUCCAGUGUGUAGAGCGGGAUGUGCUGAUUCACAAACCAGCACUCAGACAGCAUCCAGAGAUCCUCCACAGUUCUAUGGUGUUUGUCCAGUUUAUGAUGACAUCCUGGCAAGGAAUGAUAGAGUACAUGUUUAUGAAGAUAGAAAGGAAGCUCUCCAAGUUGUUAAGAUGAUUAAGGGUUCCCGUUUUAAAGCUUUUUCAAACCGAGAGGAUGCUGAGAAAUUUGCUAAAGGAAUCUGCGAUUAUUUCCCUUCUCCAAGCAAGUCUUCUUUGUGUUUGUCUCCAGUGAAAGCGGGGCCGUUUAACAGAGAUGACUUAUGCUCCCCUGAGACUGAAACUGCUAAUAAGGAGAGAGCCAACAGUUACAAAAGUCCACGUGUCCAAGAUCUUACUGCCAAACUCCGGAGUGCUGUCGAGAAGGGAGAUACAGCAACGUUUACAGAACUUAUUUGGAGCAACCCUCGCUAUCUGAUUGGGUCAGGAGACAAUCCAACGGUUGUGCAGGAGGGGUGUCGGUACAAUGUCAUGCAUGUUGCUGCCAAGGUGAAUCAGGCUGGGAUCUGCCAGCUAGUGCUGGACACUUUGGAAAACCCUGAAUUCAUGCGACUUAUGUAUCCAGAUGAUGAUGACAUCAUGUUGAAGAAGCGCAUCCAAUAUAUUGUUGACCUUUACCUUAACACACCAGAUAAGAAGGUAUUUGAUACUCCCUUGCACUUUGCCUGCAAGUUUGGUAAUUUGGAUGUUGUUAAAGUGCUUACCUCACACCCAGCUAUUGUAAAAGACCCAAGAAAUAAGGAUGAUCAGACUCCAGCAGAAGUAGUUUGUGUAAGGAGUGACAACAAAUCUGCAGGAUUGAAAGAAAAAAUAAGAGAAUACUUGCAAGGUCAAUACUACGUACCACUCUUGAAAGCAGAAGACAAUUCCUCAGCUCCUGUAAUUGGGGCCCCAUGGUCACCCGAUCACACAGAUGAUAGCCCCCAAAGAGCUUUUUCUAAGUACCCUGGCAGCCCCAAAGACCCAGUGUUGUCCAUCAGAGCUUUUGCAGGCCCCAUGAGCCCCUCAAAGGCUGAAGAGUUUCACAGGCUUUGGAAGACUCCACCUCGAGAGAGAGCUGGCUUCUUUCACAAUGUCAGGAAAUCUGAUCUGGAGAGAGGUGUUGAAAGAGUUGGAAGGGAGUUAGCUCAUGAGCUGGGGUUCCCGUGGGUUGAAUACUGGGAAUUUCUGGGCUGUUUUGUUGAUCUGUCUUCCCAGGAGGGGCUGCAAAAAUUAGAAGAGUACCUGGGUCAUUGGGAAAUGAGCGAAAAGGCUCAGCAAGAAACAGGGGAAAAUGAAACCUGCAACAGAUAUAAAACUCCACAUCCUUCUGGCAAGAGUAAAAAGUGCUGCAAUUCUAUUUCUGUUGGAGCAUUUCUGGAUGAGGAUGAUGAUGACAUGAGCUUAGAAGAAAUUAAAAACAGACAAAAUGCAGCACGGAACAUCAGCCAACCCACUGUGACCAAAGAACACGUUGGUGCCAUUGGGGAUGCCCAGUGUGAUAUCUUGUCCAUGCAGUGUGCAGCAGACAUCAUAGAAACAACUCAUCGCCCCAGGCACUAUGAAAAGGCAACUCCUGCCAGCAAAAAUGGGUUUUGUAAUCCUGUGUCUAGUGAAAGGGUGAUUAGUGACAGAAAGCAUUUGCAUGAUGGAGAAGAGUGCCUUGUGCCACCUGUUUCCAGUUUAAUGUCAGAGUUUGAGAGCCUGUCAUUCCAAGAACAAGAGGCUGCAGGAAAAUCAAAUAAAAUCACUGAAAAAACAGAGAGAAUCCCAGCUGAAGGAGCAAGUCACGUGAGGAUGUCCAAGGACAAGACCUACUCUGCAGUUUCACUGGCAAGUUCUUCUGAGCCAAGAGUUAAAGGUAAACCUAGAGAGGUCAAAGUAAGGACAGAACACAAAACACCAUCAGAAAAGGAGAGAUUGUCCAUGGAAUCGGGAACUCAGACGAAUGAGGCACAACAACGUCAAGAACUUUCUCCCCAGAAGUUUCCUUUGAGGGCUUCAUCUACGACCAACAAGUCUAAGCACUUAUUCCUGCUUGGGGAGCAGCCCUCGAAGCUGGAUAGUGAUGUCUUGGCAGCUAUAGAAGCAGCAGAGGUUACUCCACAGAAAUACCCCUUUAUUUACAAGUGGAAGCACGCGGUGCAGUCCUACUCUUCAUCUGACAGACAAAGUUGGCCAAGUCCAGCACUGAAGGCAAGAUUCAGGACCCAGAGCACUUCUGGGCUGCCCAACACUUCAGGGCAUUCCCCUUCAGGAAGAAACAGCCCAGGACAAGCCGGCAGCCCCAUGUUUCCCCCAGCCCCGGGCAGCCCCGGCCGCUACAGCCCAGCACACGUCAGCCACAAUCUCUUCAAACUACACCACUUUGCAGAGCCUCCUGCCCACUAAAAGCUGAUCUUUCUUCCUGGGACUUGGUUACGUUUUCAUUGGUAAGAGUGGAGGAAAAAAAAAAACUGACAAUGUUACUAAAGUGACAUGAAGUUUGUACCUGGCUAUUUAUUUUUCCUCGAUUGAGGACAACUGUAUGUUAAAAAGAAAAGAAUAUCUGUCCUGAUGCCAUACAGGGGAGCGAGAGAGAGAAAGAGAGGGGGGUGGGGGGACUGGGGAGAGUCCUUGCCAGGGUGCUUUGACCUAACUCUGGUUGGCAGCAGAGCCCUGAGGCAGCCCCGGCCUUCCUGGGGGUGUAUCUCACACCAGCUGUCCUGAGGGUAGUGAACCGCCAGCCUUUCCCACCCAUCCCUGCCUGCCCUGGGGGAAGCACAGCACCAGUAAACAGGAGUCUUGUGAGAGGAAACUGAAGGUGAGGAGCCAAAUGUUCUUCCACUGACGGGGGAAGUGUCAGAGCGGGAAUAGCUCAAGCAAAGACUGGGUAGUGCCAGGUUUCCUGUGCUGGGUGUGAGGGAGGCACCCUGUGUGGGAACAGACAGGAGGUGCUCAGAGGUAGCAGCCAGGUCUCACCACACACACACUGAGGUGGAUGUACCCUGUGUGUGCCUGCACACAUUCACACACCAACUCUCCAGUCUUGUGCUGAGACUGUUGAAAACACCAUGAUACACCAAGUGCUGUAGUCACAGGGCACUGUAGGGAUUACUAGUAUGCCAAUGUACAAAUUAACUGGGUUUUGUCCCAACAGAAGCUGUUAAAGUUAGCAGAUUUGAAUAGUUCCUACACAAAAGCACAUCAGCAAUAAUGUCACUGGAUUUACCAGCAGCUACCUUAAUGGUGCAGUUUGUAACAUCAGCAUGGCAGCCUGUGAGCCAGGAUGUGGCUCCAUCACGUCUGUAAAGAGAGAGGAAGGACUAAAGAUAUUUUUAUUGAAAUCUGAGCUUUUAUUAUGUCUUGAGUCUUGAUGUGGUGAUGAGCAGGCAAUAGUUGUAUUGUGUAGCCUUCUGUGAGGAUGACUUGUUUGGACAGCAGGAUGCUGAGAGGGAAGAAUGCUUUUCAGAACUGACAGGCUGUAAUGAUGGAGCUCGCUCCUGCUGAUUGCUCUGCUUAGAAAAUGAAAAGAACCUAUUGAUGGUUACAAGGCAACUGAUGAGAAAGUUACUGGGGUGAAGGCAGGGAUGUGGGGGCCGGGAGGCAGCACGGAGCCUCCCUUGUUUUCACCCUCAGCAGGGGCAGGAUUUGGGACUCGGAAUGGGUGCUUGGAAUGGGUGCUUGGAGGGCCGUUGCCCAGGCAGAGCGACUGUUGGCACAUGAACUGUGCACCCUUUGGUAGCUUCAUGAUUUGGUACACACAUAAAGAGCUGCACUUUUUGCUUCUGCAAGCUUAAUAGUGCCUUCUGUAACAUAUUUGUUUUUAAAUUCCUGUUCUUUUAGAAAUUUGGGGUUUUUUUAAGGUGGCGUCCACUAACUGGGCACAUCCAGUGGGCUUUUGUUCUUCUGGGCUUUCUGAACAGAAAGUUUUAAUGUGUCUGUUUCUAAGUUGGAUGAUUUGGUGCCAGAGCUCUGCUGGGAGAGCAUUCCUGGCUUAAAAAUUCUUUUUAAAAAAAGGUUUCUUUAGCUCUUUACAAUUCAGCCUAUUUCCAGGGAGAAAGAGCUACUUGACAUGACCUUCACUCUGUGCCACUGCAGCAGCUGCUGGGGGCAGGGUGGGGGGGUGUCAUUCUUUGUGACAUCAGGGGUCUUUUUCAGUCUGGUUUUUGAUGCAGUAGUGUCUCUGUGGUCUCAACUCCUUUGAAGUAAAAGUCCCAAAUUCCUACAAACUGGGGUUGUUUGGGGUUUGGGUUGGUUUAGUUGAGUUUUGGUUUUUUAAAACAAAUGUAAAUGUUGGCUUUGUCAUUCUGCAGCAAUCACUCAGCUGAUGAGUAAUUAAUUAAUUAAUGGGUUAACACCAUGUUAAAGCCAAAUGCUGUGGGGCAGGUGCUGGGCUCCACCUUGGCCCUUCUAACGCUGCCCCUGUGGUCAGUCUGUUACAGAGCUGGGAGGCUGAGCUCAGCUGGGGCCUGUUUGUUCACCUUUGUUAUGCUUUGCUCAUUUUUAGUAUGAAAUGUGUAUUUAUGUAUAUGUAGGCACACUCACACACACUCACACACCCCACCUCUCACUCUGUAAAUUUGUUUUGGUUCAGUCAAGAGUGUUUCUUAACCUGUGCUGUCUAAUGUGCAUUAGGCCAGUGGUACUGCAGCUUAUGAGGUCAUUUUUCUAACAAGAUAUUUACUUCAGCUAUUAAAAAAGACACCCAGUACUUUCUGUUUUGAUGUGGUCAUUCAGGAGGGUGAGGAAAGCUCCUCCCCUUGGAGCCUGGGCAGUCACUUUAAAUCACAUAUGAUAUUGCUUGAAUUGGGGUGUUUUUUGGUCAAAAGGUCACUUAUAGAGGUGCGAAAGAGUAGUUGGGGGGGUUAAUUGGCCAAGUAUCGUGUUAAAAAUACAGCAUUAGCCCAUCAGCCUGUGUUUAGUGUGUGUUGUUAGCUGGGGUGAUGCCCAUGAAGUGCACAUGACUGCUUUGUCCAGGCCUUACACGCAGACCCAACACUGGAGCAGGUCACUUGAAGCCUCAGAAUGUUUAUGAGAAGGUUUGAAUACUGUAAAAUUACUAAUUUAUGUACGUUUAUAAUUCCCAUCCCCCCCCGAGUGCUCCUGAAAAGGAUGUUUGCCUCUGUAGCUGUGUGCAUCCUUUGGCUGCCCAGCAAGAACCCCAAUAUUGGUGUUGGAGUGGGAGGAGGGAGAUGUGAGAGGGGCUGUGUACACACAAACACAAAUAAAAUGCAGAACUUUC